AUGACUAAUCGAAGAUACUUUCAUACAAGUACAGCCCAGUACGAAGAUAAAAAUCUUCGCAAUGUAGAAAAUAUAUCAGUAAGAUAUUCAUGUAUAAAUAUUAAAACUAAUUAUCAAUUCGCUAACGAGAUAAAGUGGAAGCUGGAUAUUGUUGGAAAAAUAGAUAGUUGGAUAACAUUAUCACAAUACUAUUUUGGUUUGAACUUGUGCAGUAAUUAA